UGAAAAAGAAUUGUUCGUCGAGAUCGCACAAACUGUGAAAAAUUUUCUCGCUGGCGAACCAUUCUCGGCCUUUCAAACCAGUUUCUAUUUUUACAGAUAUCUCCAAUGGAAAUGGUUGGAGGCUCAACCGGUAACCUACAAGACGUUCCGUAUGUAUAGAGUCCUUGGUAAAGGUGGUUUCGGUGAGGUAUGUGCCUGCCAGGUCAGAGCGACCGGUAAGAUGUAUGCCUGUAAGAAACUCGAGAAGAAGAGGAUAAAGAAGAGAAAGGGAGAGGCUAUGGUACUGAUUGAAAAGAAUAUACUACAGAAGAUCAAUUCUAAGUUCGUUGUUUCGUUAGCCUAUGCAUAUGAGACUAAGGAUGCCCUCUGUCUUGUUUUGACGAUUAUGAAUGGGGGCGAUUUGAAGUUUCACAUUUACAAUAUGGGCGGUGAGCCUGGUUUCGAUAUUAACAGGGCUAGAUUUUAUGCUGCUGAGGUGGUAUGCGGUUUGGAACAUUUGCAUCUUCAAGGUAUUGUUUAUAGGGAUUGUAAACCAGAGAAUAUAUUACUCGAUGAUCAUGGCCAUGUUAGGAUAUCUGAUCUUGGCCUAGCUGUAGAGAUUACCGAGGGUGAUAUGGUACGCGGUAGAGUUGGAACUGUUGGUUAUAUGGCACCCGAAGUGAUAGACAACGAGAAAUAUACAUUUUCACCUGAUUGGUUCAGUUUCGGUUGUCUUCUUUACGAAAUGAUCGAGGGUCAAGCUCCAUUCAGAGCAAGAAAAGAAAAGGUUAAACGCGAGGAAGUUGACAGAAGAGUUAAAGAAGAUCAAGAAAGGUAUUCCACCAAAUUCACCGAGGAAGCUAAGAGCCUUUGUCAGCAGUUACUCAAGAAAAGUCCGAAAAACAGAUUGGGCUGCAAGUGCGGCAGGCAUGGGGCGAAGGAGGUCAAACUUCAUAGUUUCUUUCAGUGCUUAAACUGGAAGAGGGUCGAGGCUGGUAUGUGGGAACCGCCAUUUGUGCCGGAUCCUCACGCUGUCUACGCUAAAGACGUCCUAGACAUCGAGCAAUUCUCAACGGUGAAAGGUGUUAAUCUCGAUGCCACGGACGACACCUUUUACAGUAAAUUUAACACGGGAAGCGUAUCCAUUCCUUGGCAAAACGAGAUGAUAGAGACUGAGUGUUUUAAGGAACUCAAUGUGCUAGGUCCUAACAACACGCCUACUCCAGACUUAUUGAUAAAUUAUCUACCGCAGAGCAACGAGAACAGAGGCUGUUUUCCAUUCCGUAGAAAGGAGAAGCAGAGCGCACGUACAAAGGAGAUACCGUUAUCCGAGUGCCAUUUGUUGGAGCUGUCACAGAGUCAGAGCUCUGAGAUGUCGGUCAGCUGACUCAGGGUGAACGCCUGUAGCGUGAAUCAAUCGGCAUCGCCGUCUUAUCGUUGUCGUCGUGGUCGAAGACGACGUACAUCGAGAUGUUGUCCAAAGCUUCUCUGAAAGGGAAUCAUGGAGAAGAAAAAGGAGGAGAAGGAGAUGAGUUCUAUCUCCUUUUAGAUGAAUAUGUCCCUUUAACAAAUAUCUCCUCAUUCGCUCACUCCCUCGAGAGAAAGAGAUUGAGAAAGAAAUUGAGGUAGAGAGAGAGAGAGAGAGAGAGAGAGAGAGAGAGAGAGAGAGAGAGAGAGAGAGAGAGAGAGAGAGAGAGAGAGAUAAGGAGAUAAAGGAGAAAUUUCGAAGGUCCUUGAAGAGGAAACGGGAAAAGAAGGGAAAAAAAUGAAAAGAAAAA